AUGAUUGCCGACUUAUUGAAAAAAGCCUCACAAUUUACUAAGAAUAUUUCUAAAAGAUAUAUCCACGCAAGCUGCUGUUUGAAAUGUGAAGAAAAAUCUACAGAUGUCCAAAUAGGUGAUCCGUUUUGUCUCAAACCCAUAGAAUAUGAGGGUCACACUUUGAGGAGACAUGAUAAUUUCAGGAGGCAGCGACUGUAUGAGUUUGGAUUGUACGUAGCGGCGUGCAUGCCGAAGUUUGUCCAAAAAAUCCAAAUGCAACAUAUAGACGAACUGGAGAUCCUAACAUCUCCGGAAGGACUAUUUCCCGUAUUGAGUUUUAUGAAGUAUCAUCAACACGCCUGUUUCAAUCAAUUAUCCCACGCCACUGCUAUGGACGUACCGAACAGGGAAUACAGAUUUGAACUCGCAUAUAAUAUUUUAAGCUUGAGAUUCGGCGAGAGAGCACGAGUCAAAAGUUAUACAGAUGAAGUAACUCCAGUACAUUCAGCUUACAGCCUAUGGGGGAACUGCAACUGGUUAGAAAGAGAGAUAUAUGAUAUGUUUGGAAUAAUAUUUACGAAUCAUCCAGAUUUGAGAAGGAUUUUAACUGAUUACGGUUUCGUGGGUCACCCUCUUAGAAAAGAUUUCCCUUUGACUGGAUACAUCGAAGUGAGAUAUGACGAUGCGUUGAAGAAAAUUGUCUACGAGCCCGUAGAAUUUUCUCAAGAAAUGCGCAAUUACCAACUACAUUCGCCGUGGAAUUAUUUAAGUAAUUUUCACGAGGGCUACAACAGCCCUGUUCCUGAAAAGAAAGAAGAAGGAUAA